CACCUCCCAUGGCUACCCCACUCUGAUCUUUUCCCAGAUGAAACCCCAUCUUUUCAGAGAAAGAAAAUGCUAGAGAACCAUCCUUUUCUUCUCCCCCGGCCCCCCCUCCCGUUCUCUCUCUCUCUCUCUCACACGCACACACACAAACACACACACUUUCUGUUCCUUUUUUCUAUUUCACUUGUGAAACCCUAAUACAGAGGAUCCCUCUCUCAAUUUCACAAGUAAUCCAAAAUCCAUGACAAAGAGGUAAGAGGAGUCAUCAUAUUAUAGAGUUCUCUCUUACACUCCAAACUCACAAGUCACAACCCAAACAGUGUAACUUAAGUUUGUUUACACAUCUUCUCUGCAAUUGCUAGUAUUAAAUACACACACGAUCAUCCGUGUGCUGUUCAUUCUCUUGUUUACGUAUAUAUAUCUAUCCUUUUCCUUUUGUUCAAAGACAAAUUAAGUAAAAGUGAGGCAAGGCACUGUACGGGUUUGUGCAGAUCAGAGACUUGAAGACGUGGGUGUGGCUACUUUUCCUAAGAAAGAAAAAAAAAAAACUAGCUUUCUUUAAUUUCUUCCAUAAUCAGAACCAGAAACUCCCCCUUCUCUUAUGUUAUUUUUGGUUUUUCUCUUUGUCCCAUACCCCUACCUCAUUUUGUAGCUUCCUCUUAAAUAUGGGGUAUGUGUGUAAGUAACAAAAUCUCUCUGCACCCAACACAUCGCUUUCUCAUCCCUUACGUCUUUCCAUUUUUUGCUCUCAUAUGGAUUCGGGAAACAGUGGGAGUAUGCAAUCCUCAAGUGGUGGUGAUGAAGAGUACGAUUCACGCGCCGAAUCAAACAUCUCUGCGUUCUUGAACAAUAACCCACCACCACAACAACAACAACAACAACAAAGCCAUGUUGGUUCCUUCCAUCAUCUAAACCCACCACAACACCACCACCACAUCCAUAUGUUCGACCCUUUAUCCAAUUACUUGGAUCCAAUACAAAGACCGACAUCACAAUAUCCCAACACAAACUCACUUCUAAACCUCGACAUGGUGUGGUCCAAAGCUGCUAGAUCCGAACCAAACCAAACCAAUCUUGGUUCCUUGAUACCUUGUUCAUCCUCUCAACAGAACCAAGGUUUUCUCUUAAGUCAAUUGGCAGGUCAAACAAGAGGCGUUAACGUUGGUGCUUUUCCCACCACACAACACUCACUACUACCCCAAGAAAGUGUUUCACGAGGUGGAUUAAUUUCGGUUUCAGCCACCAAUGAUCAAGCUCAUAACAACAGCACCAACACCAACACCAACACAAGCAUGGUUCGAAACCCAAAGAAAAGGUCAAGAGCUUCUAGGCGUGCACCAACUACUGUGCUCACUACUGACACCACAAAUUUCCGAGCCAUGGUUCAGGAAUUCACUGGUAUCCCAGCACCACCCUUCCCCUCUUCUUCGUCUUUCCCAAGGACCAGGUUGGAUCUCUUUGGUUCUGUUGCUACUUCAGCUUUAAGAUCCGUGUCCACCCAUUUGGAACCUCCACCACCACCUUAUCUUCUUCGCCCUUUUGCACAGAAAGUUCAUCCUUUUCAACCUUCCUCUAAUCCCAUGGUGGACACUUUAGCAUCUAAUAAUUCAACAACCAAUAACACUUCUACUAAUUCAACCUCCAUUAACUACCAACAGCAGCAGCAGCAUCUCAGCGUGAACAACAACAACAGCAACAUGCACAACCCAAUUCUCAGCUUCCAAUCAUUCCUUCAACCACCACCAAAGUACCCUCUUGGGAAUUCUUCUGUUCUUGCCUCUAAAACUCAACCAUCCUCCUUGGAAAUCACGCCCAAUGUUGAUCAUUCGCAUCUGAAGAUGGGUGUCUUGGAUGAAUUAGGAUUAAUGAGACAUGCGCAAGUUAACACCAACGUUGGUUGUCUUCAUCAGAACAUGGUUCCGUCUUCAUCGGAUGGAGCAUUGUCGAUGGUCAACAACAACAACAACAUGAGGAAUCCUUCAGCGGAAUGGGCCCAAAGAACGAGCACCAUUACCAACAACGAUGGUGAUCAAGGAGGAGUUUUGAGAUCUCUUAAUGGCAUUGUCAACUACAGUAGUAGUAAUAUCCAAGAGCGAGUAUCAAAUGGCAAAGUAAACUUCUCGGCUUCUCCAUCAGAUUUUCAUGGAGAGAAGGGACCAGAGUGUGUUGUGGCUGCAAGAAGCGAAGAGAAUGUACAAUGUGCAGCAUAGAUUGAACAACACAGACAAACCCAUUCUAGGAGAAAUUGGUGGCAAGAUUUGGGGAAUUGUUAGCCGCCGCAAUCUCGUUUUAUCAAAAUCAAAGAUAUGUUAAUGUGUAUUUUAAACAUAUCAAAUUAUACCUAUAUAUAAAACACGCA